GUACCGCCGCGUCCCGCGCUCCGACCCCGCCGCGUGCGCGCCGCCCGGGCCCCGGCCCCGCGUCGCCGUCGGGGCGCCCAGAAAAAUCACUUUUCUUCUGUGGAGGGUGAACAUUUAUAGCAUCGAUUUCGCGGAUCUGGUAACAUGGCAAAAGAUGCCGGUCUGAUUGAAGCCAACGGGGAACUAAGGGUCUUCAUAGACCAGAACCUCAGUCCUGGAAAAGGCGUGGUGUCCUUGCUGGCUGUGCACCCUUCCUCGGUAAACACACUCGGGAAGCAGCUCCUGCCAAAAACGUUUGGACAGUCCAAUGUCAACAUCGCACAACAAGUGGUAAUUGGUACGCCUCAGAGACCAGCAGCUCCAAACACUAUCGUGGUAGGAAGCCCUCACACCCCCCACACUCACUUUGUCUCACAGAACCAGCCUUCAGACCCCUCACCUUGGUCUGCCGGGAAACGCAACCGGAAAGGAGAGAAGAAUGGCAAGGGUCUGAGGCACUUCUCCAUGAAGGUGUGCGAGAAGGUGCAGCGGAAGGGGACCACGUCCUACAACGAGGUGGCUGACGAGCUGGUUGCCGAGUUCAGCGCGGCCGACAACCACAUCCUGCCAAACGAGUCGGCUUAUGACCAGAAGAACAUAAGACGGAGGGUCUACGACGCCCUGAACGUGCUGAUGGCCAUGAACAUCAUCUCCAAGGAGAAGAAGGAGAUCAAGUGGAUCGGCCUGCCCACCAACUCAGCGCAGGAGUGCCAGAGUCUGGAGGUGGAGAGGCAGAGGAGGCUGGAGAGGAUCAAGCAGAAGCAGUCUCAGCUCCAGGAGCUCAUCCUGCAGCAAAUCGCCUUCAAGAACCUGGUGCACAGGAACCGGCAGGCGGAGCAGCAGGCCAGCAGGCCCCCGCCCCCAAACUCUGUCAUUCACCUGCCUUUCAUCAUCGUGAACACCAGCAAGAGGACGGUCAUUGACUGCAGCAUUUCUAACGACAAGUUCGAGUACCUGUUCAACUUUGACAACACGUUUGAGAUCCAUGAUGACAUAGAGGUGCUGAAACGCAUGGGCAUGGCCUGUGGCCUGGAGUCCGGGAGCUGCUCCGCCGAGGACCUGAAGACCGCGAGGAGCCUGGUCCCCAAGGCCCUGGAGCCCUAUGUGACAGAGAUGGCUCAGGGGUCGGUCGGCGGGGUGUUCGUCACGUCGUCAGUCUCGACGUCCAACGGCACGAGGCUUUCUGCCAGUGACCUGACCAACGGCGCGGACGGCACGCUGGCCACGAGCUCCAGCGGGUCCCAGUACAGCGGGUCCCGGGUGGAGACCCCCGUGUCCUACGUCGGCGAGGACGACGAGGAGGACGACGACUUCAAUGACGACGACGAGGAGGCCUGAGGCCCGCGCGGCCGGCUCCGGGACACGCGCAGGGAGGAGAAGCGCUUCGCGUGGGUUUUCUGUUUCUCUUUGGCCUCCUCCCGAGAAGAUGCUGGAAAGCUGCUGAGGCGGGUGUGCGUCCCCAGGAAGCGGGCGGAGCGUCUUCCGUGGGCUGCCUGCCGCGAGCCGAGGGGCGACCGGACACCGGCGUGCCGCGCGGCGCCUUCCCUUACGCUAGCACGUGUGUUUCCUCUUUCUGCUCUUGAGUCCGGAGUUAUUUUGCCCUUGAACAGCUCUUGCUGAAGAACGUGCGCUCCGUCCAUGUGCGGGGAGAUGGGCCGCCAGCCGCGGCGGGCACCCCUGGCGAGCAUCCGCCGUGGGGGGGGCUGGGCUGCACGCGGGCCCCGCGAUGCCCUGGCAGUCCCGCUCCCGCAGGGGGCGCCCCAAGCUUAGGAUGACUUUAUUCUCCCUUAAAUUAUAUUGACUGUGAGUCCAUCAAGCUUAUACUUCUCUUUCUUCUGUUGCAACAAACAAAUCUCAUAGUUCUUUCUUUAUUUUUGGUCUGGUAAAAGUUUACCGCCACGCUGGCGCAGCUGUCAAACUGUUUUGAAGGCUUGGAGUGGUUUAUCGCUUAUGGUAAAAUUUGCCUGAUUUCUUACAGGCAGCAUUUGGAAACUUACUAUCUAGUUGUUUACAUACUUAAGUCUAUCAUUUAAGGACAUGUACUGAAACAAAUGUUGUAUUUGUUUCAUAAGCAUCUUCCUGUAAUCUAUUAUAAAGUUGAAAUUAAAUAUAGAGAAUGUUUUAACAGUUUUUUAACUCAAAAUUUGUCAAUCAUUUUUAAUAGUUCUUUUUUUAUAAAGAGGAAAAGGAAUUUCAGGACAAGCAGUGGUCUCUUAAAACUUAUUCACAAAGAACCAUUAACUGCAGUUGCUGUUAGCUGCCUGUUCUAAAACAAUAGCGUUUUUAUUGAAACACAAAUAAACUUUUCUGUAAUAUUUUAUGGAACAUAAAGACUUUAAUUGUCUGAACUGUUUAACUUGGCACUGGUAGUUUUUAAUAAAACGCGCAUGGGCAUUUUAAACAA